CCUGUGACGAUAAACAUCAGAUAGGCCGAUAAACAGCUGUUUGCGAAGAAAAACAAAUUGUAAUUUUCUAAAGUUAAAUGCGAACGUUAUUAGCGACCACUUCACGAUUUGUCGGCCAAAAUGAGGUUUUGGCUACUUUGCGGUGCGGUUGUCGUUUGUCUUUCCCUUCAAGUGGCGGCAGAGGACAACGGCGACCAGGAGCUCGCCAAGAACAUCAAAAUCAGCAACUCCACCACUCCAGAAAGUACUAACUCCUCACACAACCCAUCGCCCGACAUUUCGGCCAGUCCUCUAGCAAAUGUGUCGCCCUCAACUGCUGCUUCUGUCAAUGGAAGCACCACGACGAAAAAGGGCAACGCAUCCUCGCUGGCUACGGAACCCCCACUCAUAGACUCCCACGCUGUCGAGCAGGAGCACAAUUCCUCGCUAUCCCUGUUCUUUGUCAUCUGCGUAAUCAUGCUUGGCAUCCUGCUGAUCCACUCAAUGCUGCAGACCGGAUUCCAGUAUUUGCCGGAGAGCAUUGUGGUGGUCUUUUUGGGCGCCUUUAUCGGCCUGUCGCUGAACGUGAUGUCCGGAGAGACUGGCAGCUGGAAGCGCGAGGAGGUAUUCUCGCCCAUGGGCUUCUUUCUGGUCCUCCUGCCACCUAUUAUUUUCGAGUCCGGCUACAAUCUGCAUAAGGGAAACUUCUUUCAGAACAUCGGAUCCAUCCUGGUGUUUGCCAUAUUUGGCACAACGAUUUCCGCCCUGGUCAUCGGGGCAGGGAUUUACUUGCUGGGCCUGGCAGAAGUGGCAUUUCGACUCAGCUUUUCCGAGUCCUUUGCCUUUGGCUCGUUAAUCUCGGCGGUUGAUCCUGUCGCAACUGUGGCCAUCUUUCAUGCCUUGGACGUGGACCCAAUACUGAACAUGUUGGUGUUUGGGGAGAGCAUCCUGAACGACGCCAUAUCGAUUGUGCUGACCGCAUCCAUCACCCAAUCGGCCAACGCUAAUGCCGAGGCCAGCACUGGGGAGGCAAUGUUCAGUGCGCUGAAGACCUUCUGCGCCAUGUUCUUUGCGUCUGCCGGCAUUGGAGUCAUCUUCGCCUUGAUAUCGGCUCUGCUGCUCAAGCACAUCGAUUUGCGGAAGCAUCCCUCCCUGGAGUUUGCCAUGAUGCUUAUGUUUACCUACGCCCCCUACGUCUUGGCCGAGGGAAUCCAUUUAAGCGGUAUCAUGGCCAUACUGUUUUGUGGAAUCGUCAUGUCUCACUACACGCAUUUUAACCUAUCGACGGUCACUCAAAUUACCAUGCAGCAAACGAUGAGGACUCUGGCUUUCAUAGCAGAGACCUGCGUUUUUGCCUAUCUGGGCCUGGCUAUCUUCUCCUUCAAACACCAAGUAGAACUUUCUUUUGUUAUUUGGGCAAUUAUAUUAUGUCUAAUUGGCCGGGCUUGCAACAUUUUUCCUCUCGCCUUUUUGGUCAACAAGUUCCGCGAGCAUAAGAUCAACAACAAGAUGCAGUUCAUUAUGUGGUUCUCGGGCCUUCGUGGCGCCAUUUCCUACGCGCUAUCUCUGCACUUAAACCUCGAUAGUCAGGAAAAGCGCCACGUAAUCAUAACGACUACAUUGAUUAUUGUGCUAUUUACCACGCUAGUAUUGGGCGGCUCGACGAUGCCGCUGCUUAAGUAUCUUAAGCCCGGUAAGAAACGCCGCACACGAGGCUCUGUGCGGAACACCACUGAGGAGGGAAGGCGUCGAAGUGGCAGCGGUCGGAAGAGGUCCAAGUCCAUUUCCCUCUCGAAGACCCGCGAAUGGGGCCAGGCCAUUGACUCGGAACACCUGUCCGAGCUCACCGAGGAGGAGGACGUCACCUUUACACAGGCUCGCGAUCGCUUUGGGCGCUUGGAUCGCAAGUACUUUAUUCCGUUCUUUACGCGACGCUUCAACAGUCAGGAACUGCAUGAAUGCAAGUCGCAGAUGGCCGACCUGACUAACAAGUGGUACCAAGCCAUUCGCGUAAGUCCAUUGGAUUCGGAUGAAUCGGACGAAGAAAUUGGGUUGGCGGCCAGCACAAGUCAGAGCCAUCUAACGCGAUCGUAGGAAUUCGAGGGCUGUUCGAGGAACAUUGGCUGUGUUAAGACACCUUGGUGGCCAAAUGGAACGAUCGUAUAUAUUAUGCUAGUUUAAAUUUAGGAUUUUUCAUUUAUAUAACGCGGUGGUGGUAAUUGUUAACUUGUGUAUAUUUGGCUUGUUCCAAAAUGCUUAUUUUGUUAGAUCUAUAUGCAAUGAUUCAUCCGUGUCAUGGCAACUCCUUUAUUUAUUGCACAAGAAAGCUGGACUUAAAAAUGGCCACAAAGCAUGCGUCAGUAACUUAUAUUAAUACAAAUUAUUGAUACUUGAAUGAAUGUUAUUGCUGUAAUUGUGAUUUUGUAAUUUUUGAAACCAAAAUAAAUAUUUAAUUGUGAUACCAA